AUGAAACCCAAAUAUGACAGAUUUUGGUUGGCAGUUGCCUUGCUCGUGUUCCGGAUUGGUCUAACAAAAGCCGCUGGCCAAUGUACUCCUGUAUCAGCCUCCAUUUAUGGCAUGUACCUUAAAGGACACGCGUUUAAAACAGUCAAGACUACUUUCAAUGGAGAGUGCGACUUGAAAUGCAUGGAGGAUCCUAAAUGUCAGAGUUAUAACGUAUUUAUAGGGCAAAACUUGUGCGAGCUGAAUUUAAGAACAAAGGAAGCCCGACCUGAAGACUUCAUACCACAACUGCACCGAUACUACAUGAAAAGGGGAAAUGACCGAGGUAAAGCACUGUUGUAAGUAAAACAGAACAGGUAAAAAAAUCAAGGUAUUUUAACACUGAACUAAGGAUGACACGUUCUAGAGUGUUUAAUUGACACAGCAUUUUUAAAGCCCGUCACAAACCCCGUUGUGGAAAACGAUUUCGUGCAAAAGCGACGAGUUUAACUGUAAAUUUUACUCCCCAGUCCUUGGAGAAAUUCUCAUGUUAAACCGACAUUCCUUCGUUUAGAUAUGAAGAGCGUACGAUGUGGCAGCAACGUGUACUUCGAUGGACGAUUUUUUUAAAACUAAUUUCCGUUUUUUAAUUAUUUAGGAUUUAAAAUAGCGUUUUUUGCUUCCGACGAUGAAAAUCAAUCUCAGACAACAUUAAGUGUGCUGGUGUUAAAACAUCUUUUUGGUAGUUCUUCCCGCGGGAUUUAUAUUAUGGCAAAGGUGUUUGAGUGUCUACCACUCAAGAAGAUGUAGCCAUGGUGCGAGUUACAAAAGACUGUUCAUUCUUUCCAAUCUGCGGACAGUUCGUAAUCACGAUUUAAAUGGCUGCUUCAAGUACACAAAGUUUAGAUCUAAAUAUUGUUUUUUAGUCAUUAUAUUUCUCGUUUUAUUCCCUUUCAGUUCUUUUUCUCAUCCGCAUUUUCCGACCCCCAUCCGCCAAACAGAUGAUAUGUGUAUAAUUUCCGUCCCAUUCCAUUUUUAUUGGUCAAUUUUGUACCCUCACUACCCACCCAAAGCCAAGGCUAGUCUAGGUGGGCUUGUCUUUAUAUAACUUCCACUCAAAUCUAUAUAACGUUAGAUUUACAAGAGUGAACAGAAAUAAUUUUAUAUGGCCUCGUAUGUAUUGAGAAAAAAGAAGAAAAAGUAAAUUGAAACCCCAUUUUCACGUGCAAAAAGCUCGGCACGGCAGUCCAAAUGUUUGACUUUUGGGCAUGGCAUUAGCCAUGCACACGACCAUAAAUGAUAGGGUCGGUUAUUUAAACGAAACCUAACUUAGCAAAUAUUUGGACCAUCCCACAGAUAUCUUCCUUAGGGAGUAUAUUUUAAGAAAAUAAGUGCUUUUUUAGUCUACGCCUUAUGCUUUCAUGAACUUUUUCACCAUAAAUGGUGUUAAGAUAGAAGCCGUUGCGCAAACUGAGAAUGGCUAAGAAUGCGGUUUCGUUAAACACUGGCUAAACUCCAUUUAAAUAACUGGCUUCAUAUGGUGUUGUUUUCUACGCCAGAGAACGGUGCCAAUUUCACACUGGAAACCCUUUUAUUCCGUUUGUAUCUUUAUUCCAAAUGGCGAGGAAAAAAAAAUCGAAACUGUGAUUAUUUAUGGCCGAUUAUAAGUUCAGAGCGGUACACUGCCAUCAACUGAAUGACAAAAUACAUUGCCAAAUAAAAAAAGAAAAAAAAAACGAUAUUGAAAAACGCGGUUUAACUGAUAUGAUUGGAGCUAAAAUGCGUGUCAAAACAUAUAAAAACCCUAUUAAGACGUGUGCAAACAGAAUACACCGGUCACUUACGGACAAUCAAGAUGUAAUAUUUUAUCAGUAUAUUAUGCACUGACCACUAUUUUUUUAUGCAGCACCACUGGGUUCCAUUCCAGAGCUUCCUGCUGAAUCCUGCGGCGAAAUUAAAGCUAGCGAAGGAGAUAACAUGGAAAACAAGGAAUACUGGAUAUAUUCGGAUGCAAAUGCUGGCAACGCUAUCCUAGCUCAUUGUAAAGGUAAGUCACUAUAAAGAUCAUGCAUUACAUAAACCUGAUGAUUUUGUAGCGUUGAUGCAUUAUACCACUUUUUAAACAUACGUCUCACGACAUAAUAGCUGCGUUCAAUUUACAGAAUUAACACUGUUUACACAGUGUACUGUUUGCAGUUAUCGGAAGAUUCGACUUUUGUAUGAUAUGUUUGAAGAGUUGUGCAGACCGAGGAGUUUGUUAGGUUGUUCUUACAACCGCCUCGAUCUGCAUUAUCCUUUAAUCGAAGCUCUCCUUGCGACCAUUCUCGUAAGAGACCAGCUCUAGUUACGACCACCUUUGUGAAACCCCGUCUGAACUGUGCCUUGAACUUUGUAAUGAAAAGCUCUCGUAAGCUACUGCUCCCGUAAACGAUCGCGACCACUCAGAGUCUCAAUCAUAUAAAUCAACAUUUUAUUGAAACUGCACACCAUAUGAAUGGUCUAAAAAACUGGACAUAAAGUUUAGCACUAUCAAAAUGAGAUAUAAAGACCCUCAUUAAUCAUUACUUUCGUUUGUUUUUUCUUUAUGAAUUGUUAAUGAGUUUCGACAGCUCUCUCUUAAGCGACCACCCUCUAUUUUUUUUCCAUGCGGUCGCGUGCGAUAGCUCAUUCUCAAAAGCGAGCAGCUCUAGUUACGACCACUUUUCGAAUUUCCGAGGUGAUCGCUUACGAGAGCUUCGACUGUAUUGUUUUAUCAUUCAUUCAAAACAUUUCCAACCUCAAAACAUGCUUUCCUCUAGGUAACGUCCCCGCCAUCAAACCAUUUGUCUGUUCCUCGCCAGAUUAAGGAAAUACAAGGAAAUGGAGGGAUCUAGCAGAUAUUCUUUGUAUAGCAGAUCCCUCGGGUGGUAUUUUUGUAUAUUCUUGCUAUGUUUUUAAGGUGGUAGUUCGGCUAAAAUCCGACAUUUUCUCCAGCUUUACGCAUCCAUAACAGCUGAUCUAUCCAGCCGUGCUUCCCUUCCCUUGGUCUGUCGGUAUCAAUACAACUGAAGUCAAUUGUACUAAUAUCCGAAUGCAUCUUUAAAAUUUGGCCAAUGCUAGCUGGCAAAAAAGAAUCAUUUGGAGGAUUUAAGCUAGUCAGAAAAGGGGUUAUAAUUUGAAAGGAAAUUAAUGUAGCUUUAAGUCCAUCGAGUAUUUAAAUCAUGACAAAAUUCCAUUAAAGGAAGAGAGACGAUAUCAUAUUAUGUUCAAGAAAGUAAAAAAAGGUAAACCACACGUUGUAGAUGUCUACGGGUUUCCACCCCAUCUUAACACUUCACCUUUUAUGAAAGUGGACCAGUUCUACUUUCAAUGCAUUCAUUCUUCCACUUGGGGCCUGGAGUAAAUUCUUAACUAGAACCUUGUCCCCCUCUGCAAAUUGUCGCUCUUUCUUUGUGUUGUCAUGCUACACCUGAUGCUGUAACAAUUGUUGGGUUUCCACGCGCUGUCUGACGUCUGGUUGACUGAGAUCCAGUCGCAUUCGCAAGCUGCGGUUGAAUAGCAGCUCUGCUGGUGUAACUCCGAUUGUUGUUUGGGGUGUUGAUCUAUAUACGGCUGAGUUCGGUGUGCACUGUACCUGGCGAUCCUUCGAGCUUCUUCAUUCCGCCUUUGAAAAUACGGACUGACCUCUCCACCAUGCCAUUAGAAGAUGGAUACCUAGAGGCUGUUUUCAUAUGUAAAAUUCCAUUCUUUAGUCAUGAAAUCAGGUAAUCCAUGGGUGAAGUCAGGUAAUCCAUGGGUGGCAAAAACUUGUCGGAGCUUCUCUAUAGUAGCUGUUGCACUUGUGCUAGAUGGUACUCGGAUAUACUUCAAUCCACUUGCUAUAUGUAUCAAUCACUAUAAGAAAAAACUGUUCCCUACAUGGCCCUGCAUGGUCUAUGUGUAAGCGGGACCAUGGCUUUUCCGGCCAUUCCCAAGGGUGCACAGGUGCAGCAGCAGGUACAGCUCUAUGUAGCUGACAUACUUACUGAUGACUUGACCAAGGCAGUUGACAACUUUGGGAAGUAGCCAGCGUAAUAAUUCAACGUACCCAGAAAGGCUUGAAGUUCCUUGACAUUAGUGGGCACAGGUGCCUCGUGAAUGGUUCUGAUUUUCCUUUGUACGGGUUAUAUGCCAUCUCUGUUUAUGCGAUGUCCCGGAUAAAUUACCUGGUUUUGUAGAAAAACACGCUUCUUCGGCUUAAGUCGAAUUCCUGUCUUGUCUAACCAUGCCAACACUUCCUUCAGAUGUUCCAGGUUAUUUUUUCUUGUUUUACUGCCACAAAGAUGUCAUCAAUCCGGACUACCACUUGAAGUAUUUUCUGGAGGAGGCGAGGCUUUCGAUAGUGCGCUGGUAAAUGCCUGGGGCCGAAGAAAUGCCAUGUGGGUGGCGCUUGUAUUUAAAGAGGCCCUUGUGGGUGCUGAUGAAUGUUUUUGCCUCUGAAUCCUUAUCUAGCUCCAGCCGUUGGUAAGCUUGAAAUAAAUCCAGCUUUGUGAAUUCCACACCCUCCCUCAAGGUUGCAUACAAAUCUUCAAUCUUUGGGAUGGGAUAGUUGUCUAACUUUGCUACUUGAUUGAUUGUUUGCUUGUAAUCCCCGAAAAUUAGGAUAGUACUAUCUUCCUUAACAAUGGGGACGAUGGAGGUGACCCACUUUGAGAAUUCGAUUGAUUUUAUAGUUCCUUCAUGGACAAGUCGAUCCAUAUUCGUUUUCGUUCUUUUCACGUAGGGCAUAGGCUACAGGUCUCGCCUUAAAAUGUCGGGGCCUCUCGGUAGGUUCAACAAAAAUUUUCACCUUCACUCCUUCUUUUUCGUCGAGAUUCUCUUGGACGGUAGAUGAGUGUGUCUCCAACAUCUCAUUUAAGUCCCUAUCCAUGGUGGUUAAAUGAAAAAUCUGACUCCAGUUUAGGGAAAUAUACUGGAGCCAGUUACGAUCACCCUCUCCGCUACUUACGACUACUGGUAAACUACCUUUAAACCUAUUGUAUUCUACAUCCAACUCACAUUCCUCCACUACAGGAAUAACCUCCCCGGUAUAGGUACGCAAAACAAUGUUCGCAACAUUCAGUUUCAACGCUCUCUCUGACUGGGCCAAAUUAUGGAACGUUUUCUCAUGAACAACAGUUGUUGAUGCCCCGAUAUCAAUUUCCACAGUAACAUUCACUCCAUUCAAUAGCACUGUCACCAUAUAAGGGUUACGGCCUCUACUCGACCCCACACAAAACAGUUGGCCAUACACAUCUCCCUCCUCCCCAGUAUCGUCAUCAUAACAAUCAGCGACAUCUUCUCACUGGCGUACCGUAAAUGACCUAAUAAACGCCCGGGGCGUCUAUUUCAUUUUAGGGGUCCAAGCAGGUGUAGUGUAUUGAGCAAGCGGUUGACAUUGUGAGCAUGCGCACUUAUGCGCGCGUUUGUACCAUGUGCUUUGAUUUGCAAUAAACCGAAAACGUGACAGUGGCGGCGAGGAUGGGAUAGUAAGAAAAACGUCGAAAAUAUGACAAGAGAAACUGGAAACUUAUGUGGAACGGGUGGAACAGUUUUUUCUUAGAAAACAACAUCUAAGAGGACCGCUAAGUGCCAACCUAAUUAAGCUUGAUCGGGAGAAAAACGUACACAUUGUUGAGGGAUCUUCUCUCACCAGAUAAACCAGCCACGAAGAGCUUCCAGGAGGUCAUCACGACCCUUUAGCAACUCUUAAGUCCUAAACCAUUGGAAAUAGCAGAACGCUUUCGUUUUUAUAACGGAAAUCAACCAGGAGAAACCAUGUUGGCCUACGUAGCAGACCUGAAGAAACUAGCGACUCACUGCAACUUUGGCGCGAACCUUAGAGAAGCUUUACGAGAUACAUUGGUCUAAGGCCUUCAAAAUGACCAGAUAUAAACGUUUCGCUUUCAGAAGCAAAACUUAAAUAUCAAAGCUUUGGCGAUAGCCGUAGCAAUAGAAAUUGGCAUUCGUGAUGCUCCGGAAAUGCAAAGUGAGCUGCACGAAGAACCUCGCGUUGACAAGAUCUCAGAUAACAGAAAACCACCGCCACCGUUAUCGCCGCUGCCGAACCCCACACCUAAAGUUUGUUAUUGAUGCGGAGGAGACUCGCACGCCACCCACAGUUGCAGAUUCAAGGACCAGACAUGUUAUCAUUGUGGAAAGGUGGGCUAUAUUUCAAGAGUUAGUUGCUCGAAACAACAUGGUAAGCCAAAGCAACCACCCAAAACACCGCCGAACACUGAAGUCCACCCUGUUGAGUACAGUGAAAGCGAUGAGUUUAAAGAUGUUUUAGGAAGCACAGAGCUACAGAAUGUGUGCAAACCGAGCAGUAAUGUAAUCUGGGUCGAUCUGAAAGCAGAAGGGAAACCGCUGAAAAUGAAACCGGACACGGGUUGGGCUGUUUUCACAUGAUUUGUACGUGAGAAAUUUAACGACAAACCCUUGAAUACAACUGAACUCACGUUGAAGACCUACACGCGAAAAACAUUUUUCUAGUCGGAGUGCUUUAGGCAAAUGUCGAGUACAAAAAUCAGCCAACUUAACUGUUGGAUCUUUAUGUGGUUAAGAAUAAGGGCCCUGUUUUGGUGGAAAGGGAUUGGCUCCAAAAGAUACUCCUCGAUUGGUACAGUAUUAAAUCACUGGAAGUUUCACAAGCCCCACCGAUUGCUAGAGAGCGUCUGCAGUCCAUGCUAGACAAAUACUCGAUGUUUUUGAAGAUAAACUUGGAACAUUCAAAUCGGCUAAGGCAAAACUAACCCUCAAAUAAGAUAGCCAAGCUCAUUUCUGUAAAGCUCGUGAUUUGCCUUGUGCCUUGAGACCUAAGGUUGAAGAAGAACUGAGAAGACUUCAAAAGGUGAGGGUAUUCUCACGAGAGUUGUGUAAAGUGAUUGGGCAACGCCCAUUGUACCUGUCCCAAAGAAAGAUGGAUCUGACAGGAUCUGUGAUGAUUACAAAUGUACGGUGAACCCAGAACUACAAGCUGAGCAGUAUCCCUUACCCCGCAUUGAAGAUAUCUUUGCAAAGCUUGCUGGCGGGCAGAAAUUCUCAAAGAUUGACCUUCGUCAGGCAUACCACAAACUAGAGAUGUAGGGAGAGUCAAUGAAAUACCUCACUAUCAACACGCACAUGGGUCUGUUUCAGUACAACAGACUGAUGUUCGGCAUCAUAUCAGCAACUGCUGUCUGACAGCGCACCAUUGAUCAACUGCUGAAAGGAACAUCUGGCCAGGCUAUAUCCUUAACGAUUUGAUAAUCACUGGCAAGGAUGAUGAAGAACACCUGGCUAACUUAGAAGAAGUCCGGCGACGACUUCAGCUUCAUGGGUUGAGAGCAAUCAAGGCAAAAUGUUGAGAAGAUAACUUAUUGUGGACAUGACAUUGAAAGGAUGGCUUACACAGGGCAGCAGAGAAAGAAGAAGCGGUAUUGAAAGCACCACGUCCAAACGACGUAGCUGAAGUGAGAUCUUUCUUCGGGUUAAUCAAUUACUACCACAGGUUCUUGCCUAGCCCGUCGACAGCAGUACAUCCCAUGACCCAACUUUUGGAGAGGAAUCUCCCCUGGAAAUGGACAGAACAGUUGGAGGCAGCAUUCCGCAAAGUAAAAGGAAUGAUCUUUUCAGAGAAAGUGCUAACAGAUUAUGAUCCCAGCCUGCCGCUAAGGCUUGCUUGUGAUGCAUCCCUUGUAGACAUUGAGGCAGUCCUGUCCCACGUGAUGAGGGACGGUACCGAGCGACCUAUAGCCUUUGCUUUAAGGACAUUUACCAAAACGGAGCAAAGGUAUUCACAGAUUGACAAAGAAGCCUUGUCAAUAAUCUGGGGAAAAAAGAAGUUUCAUAUGUAUUUGUUUGGCCGCUCGUCCAACUUGUACACAGAUCAUCAGCCGUUAACGUCAAUCUUUCAUACGCGGAAAAGCAUCCUUGUGGUCACUGCAGCUCGACUGCAACGUUAUGCCUUGUUCCUGGCGGGCGUUGAUUACACCGCUGAAUACAAAAACGCUAAGGUCCACAGUAAUGCCGCUGGUCUUUCCCGCCUACCACUCGUAAGGGAAACCAGAGAUAAAGAAAUUGUCGACCCUGUGGGAGUAUUCAGUUUGAUGCAGUUUGAUCCACUGUCAGUAACAGUGGAAAACGUGAGGCGAGAAACGCAGAGUGAGAUCCUGUUUUGGCUCAGGUGUUUGAAAUGUCCAGUAAAGGAUGGCCGCACAACCUUGAUCCUGCACUCAACCCCUAUAUUGUUCGUAAAGAUGAGAUCACAUUACAAUCAGCCUGUCUGAUGUGGAGAAUAAGAGUCAUAAUACCUCCGAAGUUGCACCCUCAAGUUCUCGAGGAACUUCAUCAGAGACAUACGGGAGUCAUGAAGAUGAAGGCCCUAAUCCGAAGUUAUAUCUGGUGGCCCUGGAAUCGACAAGGAAAUUGAAAUGAAUAUUAAGUCCUGCUUAGGUUGGCAACCAACACAGAGAGUACCCAGUACAGUGCCAGUACAUCCAUGGGAGUGACCUUCAUCACCCUGGCAACGAAUUCAUAUUGCUUUCGCGAUUCCUUACAUGAACAGCAUGUUCUUGGUGGUAGUGGAUGCUCAUUCAAGAUGGCUAGAGAUAGAGAGGAUGAAUACUACAACCUUAGAGACGACCAUUGAAACUCUACAGAAAUUAGUUGCCAGGUAUGGAAUAACAGCCCAGCUAGUAAGCGAUAACGGGUCUCAAUUCACAUCAGAAGUGUUUCAGCAAUUCCUUACGAAAAACGGAAUCAAACACAUAACUUCAGGCCCUUACCAACCUGCCACCAACGGACUGGCAGAAUGCGUUGUCGGAAGUUUCAAAAAUGCGAUGAAGAGCGAAACCGAAGUGAAAUCCAUGAACCUUAAGUUGGGAAGAUUUUUGCUGGCGCAUAGGAACACUCCCCACUCAACCACUGGAGAGCCACUAUCCCAGUUGUUCUUUGAAAGAAGACUACGCACUCGACUGGCCUAUUGACCAGAUCUCAGCGUCCAGAGGAGCAACCGUCAGAUACACCAGACUGUUGCCAGGGGUGAUUCUGUAACGCAGAAUUUUUCCAUCGGCCAGAGAGUAAUAGCACGAAAUUACAAUGGAAAGUCAUAGUGGGUACUGUCUAAUGAAAUAGAGAUUGAACCUAAUUUAUUUUGGCGUCGACACGUAGACCAAAUCGAAGAUUAUAUGUCCCUGUUGUAGACAGCUACACGCCAGUUAUCCAGCCCUUACCGUUUCCUCCCCCAGUCGAGAACCAUGGUGACCUUGUAGCUGAGCCGUCCGAGCAGACAGAAGUUGUCCUAAGAGAAACAGAUUGUCAGCCGUCCAAACCAGCGGCUGAAUUUUUAGUCCGCAGCCCGUCGAGCCAGAUUGAACCUGUUCCUAUUAGACGAUACCUUACCAGAGAGCGAAAGCCCCCAGCUCGGAUGGACCUUUGAACUUUGAACUUGCUUUUUCUUAGGGUUCAGACUUUAUUGUUAAGAGUAACAUGUUGUGUUCAGUAAGUUGUAGGGUAAGAGACUGGCUUAAGGGGGAGGAGUUGUAGUGUAUUGAGCCAGCGGUUGACAUUGUGAGCAUGCAUGCGCGCGUUUGUACCGUGUGCUUUGAUUCGCAAUAAACCGAAUACAUGACAGCGGGGGCGUUUAAUAGACAGGAAGCGUUUAAAAGAGAGAUGCGUUUAUUCUCAUAACUGUAAUAAAGCUCAACAAAGCAAAUAUGUUUUCGGCAAAAUAUCAAGUGAGUUCAAAAAUAGCCGGAAUAUCCACUUCAUCAAAAUUUAUCAAUUGAUACGUUUAAGCCGUCUAGAGAUCCUUAUUGCCCUUUCAAAUCCCAACAUCGAUAUCAGAAUCCUCGCUCAGGGUUACUGUGUUGCCCUCGUUAGUCUAUCCUUACUUUGAACUUGACAAUUAAGCAAGAUGAAAUAAGCGAAGCUUUGUUAAUCAAGCAAGAAACUGAAAGAUUUGAAUGACUUUGCUCCUUUUUGCUUAUCCGUAGUAUUUCGGAGUAAUUUUCAGAGUGGCGUCUAUUAGACAGGGGGCGUUAUUAGAGAGGGGCGUCUAAUACAAUUUUAACAGCGUAAAGGAGGCGUUUAUUAAAUAUGAGGCGUUUAUUUAGAAGUGGGAGUUUAUCAGGUUAUUUACAGUAAGUUACCUGACCUCUGCUGACAAGGAUAUCCCUUCUGAUCGGCUCAAAACUUUGCUUCUCACCCCUUGACUGACUUCUGUUGCAAUUUGGACAUUCAUCCGCAAUAUAACCUUUUUGCUUGCAAUAAAAACAGUUCAGUUCCUUACACCUGCACGUUUGUGUACUAUGAUUUCUUCGGCACCUAACACAAGGAGCUUUGUACCGCAUGAGUCGUCUGUCAGCCCCUUGCGCUUGUACCGUGACCUUGUUGCUGUCUCUGAUUCCAUGGUUUCCUGAAGCACUGCCAUAUUUCGUGAAGUAAUUUCCAUCGAGGUUGCAAUUUCAUGCGCCUUCUGAAAUGUCAAAUCCUUUUCUACAAGAAGUGGUCACUGAAUCUUUUCAUCCCGAAUUCCAUACACAAUCCUGUCCCUUAGCAUCGUGUUAAGUGUAUCCCUAUACUCACAAUGUUCGGCCAAAUUCCUCAGCGCCGCCACAAAAUUAGCCUGUGUACAGACGCCCCCCUCCCCUCUCCCCGAUUUUUUUAUGAGGGCAGGGGCGGUCUGUAAACAGGCUACCACAAAAGUGCUACCGAAUCUCCUUCGUUGCGAAAUCGGUUGUUUAACUUUAACCUUUGAACGAUUUCCGACGAUGUUGGAGCCAGAUGAUUCUGAAUAAGCUUAACUAGCUCUUGGUAAGACUUUUCUCCCGGUUUUGCUGGUGCUAGAAGAUCACACAUUGACUUAUUAAUCUUGCUUUCACACACUCUCGACAAGAUCGCACGCCCGCCGUUUUGCCUUGUCACUCGCGGUCUCCUCGCCAAUGCCAUUGGCUUCAAAAUAAUGUCCUAAGCGCUCCGUAUAUUUCACUUACACACGUCACGCGAAGUCACGCAAUACAUUACAUUUAUAUGAGGUUUAUAUGAGGCUCUGCGCAUGUUCUGGUACUGUGCAGACAUGUGUUAUUGAGCUCCGCCCUAGUAGUGAAAUUUCGUGAAAUCUUGAGUGAAAUUUUGAUAAUGACUCGAAGGUCAAAUUCAAAUCCCACUGUCAAAUCCCUUCGAGAAGAAAACGAAGCUUUGAAGAAAGAAAUAGAAAGUCUGAAGAGUGAAUUUAAACUGAUCUCAUCUGCUCUUAAGUCUCAUGAAUCUUCGCAUGGCGGCCAUAAACCACACCCUGACACGGAAAGCGCUCAAAACAUGGCGGCAUUGCAUGUCGAGCAGAGAGAUCUCUUAACUUCUCAGGAGAUGAAUACGACGAUCUUAAUGCAAACUGUAAAGACACUAAACAAUUAAUCUCGCUCCUAUCGACACGUUUAUCUGGGUUAUCCGAGAAGGCGGAAUUGCUCGCGAAACAAAUCGAUUAAGCCCAAGAAUACAGCUACUCGUUCAAUGUUAAACUCUUUAAUAGGAAUCCCUGAGCCGAAGACAAGGGAGUCAGCCAUGGAAACAACUGAGCUCUGUGUACUUCGAGAUAUUGACAUUGCCCAUCGAGUUCCACCGAGGGACGCCACCGAAUGGCGCUUAAAACCUAUCAUCUUAAAUAAAUAAAUAAAUAAAUAAUGAUUUGGAGAUAGCACAUCCACAAAGUGGUUCUUCGUCUACCUGAUUCCUGGUCGAACUGGAAUUUGGAAAUGUUGGUUUUUGAGGAGAGGGGAAAACCGUAGUACCCAGAGAAAAACUUCUCGGAGCAAAGGAGAGAACCAACAACAAACUCAACCCGCCUAUGGCGUCGACGCCGGGAUCUGCAAGUUCAUCAUCGAUCAUCUGCAAGUUUAUGUGACGCCUGGCUCGCGAAGGUGUCACUGAGCUACGACGGGAAAUAAGAAAUGUGGUUACAAGGGAUAUCGGCCUGCCUGAGGAGACAGAUCUAACUAAUGCUGGUAUUUACGAGCACUGAACACUAAAAAGGCAACAGUUGUUUAAUGAUGCUAAGCAGUUUAAGAAUCGCUUCAACUUCAGCUUCUGCUGGUACAAAAACUCUGUCUUCUGGCUGCAAAAAGACUCCCUCCCAGUUAAGAUUAAAGACACGUGCGACCUUAUCAUUUUCGCUUAACUUUGAAAAACGGAUUUUAACUUCGUAUUUCUUUUUUCGUUUUCGCAUCACUUUGAAAAACGGAUAAUAAGGUGGCUGAACACAGUUUUGGCAGUUUGUGAGUAUAUGUCAUUUGCCAAAUCAUGGCAAGAGAAAGGUUGCAGCUCACAAGCUGGAACUUGGCAAGUGAAAAAUAUACUGAUGAAAGAUCUUGCUUGACAGUAAAAUGUGACGUUUUCGUAGUUUCCAUGGCAACAUGAACGAUUGAAUACAACCUUAAAAUUUCACUUUUUGCUCAGUUUAUAUAAAAUUCGCUCAUUAGAUUUUCCUAUAAACUUGCACACAGUUUGCUAUAAUUAAUCAUUACCAUUUGAAACUUAUUUGAUCAAACUUUAACCGACGGGUUUUUAGAUAAUCAAUGAUAAAAUUGUGCUGUAAUUAUUAAAUGUGUCACAAAGUUCGUCUGUUUAACUUUCAUUUUAAAGUUCUCGUUAUUUAAAAUACGAUAAAAGUAAGAAUUCUGAGUUAAGGGGAUGACCGGGGUAAUGAGGGGCCUUUCACUUCAUAAUCACUCCAUUUUUAUUCCCCGGUAGGCGGGAGAUACGCUAGAAAUCCCGAUCUUUGCCUCCCUGACCGGGGAAUAAGCAGGGCAGUCACUCUGUGGUAAGCGUUCCCAUUUUCGCGCCGCGUAGUAAUUUUGCAUACAUUUUUAUCGCUUCUCGCAGCUGAAGAAAUACAUGUAUGCUUUGUAAAGUGUCUUUUGACGCGGCUUACCCAAGACACGUCUUAAAUAAUACACAAACGGUACCAUUUAUACGAGCAUAGAAGGAGUGUCUUAGCUGAGUCCCGUUUUAUUUAAGUCUUGAACCCCUUUUUAUGUGCCACUUAUAGGAGAAGUUAACUAGACGCGUCUUAUUUUUCCCCGUUCAAGUGGCUCAAUUGUUUAAUAACUUAUGAUGUAGUAAUUUGUUGUAUCCUGGAAAUGACGACAAGAAAGACACUAUGGAAUGAUUGGGUCAUUCUACAGAAACUCCAGAAGACUGUAAAACUUGAUCUGUAAUUUUUGUUAUCUCGCAUUUUGUGAUUUCAAGUUGUAAAGUGUUCAAAUGUUCGUCAUUUUCCUUCUCCAUCGAGGAUAUGCAAGUGUUGCAAUAGCUGCGUAUUUUUUCGCGGCUAUCAUCACAUCAUUUGUCAUCCGUUGUUGAAAAAGGUAGUACCGCGUGUGUGUAAGACAUAUCAUUGGGGAGGGAGGUGGGGGAAGUUUACUAGUCACUUUGGCCCCGGGGAGAGGAAAAUUCAUGAAUGCCCCGGUCAACCCUGAGGGGGUGGCCGGGGCUUCAAAUGACUGUCCUGUUUUUCAAGUCAUGCAAAAAUGACAAACGAAAUUCAGAUCUGUUUUUCAAAGUGAUGAGAAAACGAGAAACGAAAAACGAAAUUCAUAUCCGUUUUUCAUAGUGAUGCGAAAACGAAAAACGAAAACUGAAAUUCAUAGUCUUUUUCAAAGUGAUGCGAAAACGAAAAACAAAAUACGAAGUUCAAACCGUUUUUCAAAGUUAGGCGAAAACGAAAAACAAAAAGCAAAAUUCAAAUCUGUUUUUCAAUGUCAUGCGAAAAAGAAAAAUGGAAAUGGCACUUGAAUUCCGUUUUCCCAUGCCAUCGUAAAACGGUUGGCACUAAGGUACACGCAUUCCCAACCACCAAGUCAAACUUUUCGACCAUUAACUUAACUUACGUUAAGUACUUGGAAGUGCUCAUUGAUAACAAUUUGACUUGGAAGCAACACAUUAAUUAUAUUAAUGAAAAAAGUUAGUAAAACAGUUGGAAUAAUUGCUAGACUCAGACACUUUGUACCAUUGAAUACCCUCAAGACUAUUUAUAAAGCCCUCCUUUCCUCUUAUUUGUCAUAUGGUAUAGUCGCCUGGGGACAGGCGGCCAAGACUCAUGCUAACCAACCGUUUUCAUGCAAAAGCGUGCCCUUUCUUUGACGACUUAGGCCAUUAUAAAGCUCACACGAUUUCUUUUUUUUUGUCCUCUAAUAUCCUUUUUUUAAGCAUGUUCUAUUUCAAAUCAGUUGCUAUUCUCAUAUCACAAACAAUUUAGCACCACAGAAUAUUUUACGUUUAUUCAACACUACCGAUCAAGUACAGGCGUCCGAGCAUUAGAGAUCUCCCAAAACAAAGCUUCAAAAAGAAAAUAAAUGACUGCCUACUUCAAAUCUUUUCACAAACAAAUGACUUUCCUGAUCUACUUACCUUUUUUAAACAUUUUCAAAAUCGUCCGUAAUUCACCUACUUGUUAUCUUUGCAAUCGUCGUAAUAGUGUACUUGUAAGCUGCUGACUGAUAUUAUGUAUUCCAGUUCAUCUCAGCAUUGUUUUUAACGUAACCUUUCUUGUGUUCUUUACCUUUUGUACAACUUAGUAUAUUUAUGUAAACUUAAACAACUUUUGUUGACCUGAUAAUUUAAUAUGAUACCAGUUGGAGUGCGUAUUUUGUUUUAUAUAGACACUGCCGACCUAGACUAGCCUUUGCUAUUUGCUAUGAAAUGAGACUUUCUUUCAUAAAUUUGCGAGAUGAAAGAAAAAAACGGGUAUCUGCAAUCGACGACAAAAUUAGUGGAGACACUUCGCCCUAAAGGGGCUAUCUGACGCUUUACUGCCUUCCAAAGCUUUUCCUCCUCCACCCCCUCCAUGUAAUGUUGUGCCGCUGUUCGAGCUACCUAUAGAAAACAACAAAGACCCCAACUUUGAAUGAAGGGGAAGGGGGAAGGGGUGUGGAUUUGUCUCAGUCUCAGUAAUUUUGUCGCCGAUUGUGGAUUUGGUCAUGAGUGCGGCUUAAAAGUGCCAUUACGACCUAAUUGCUAUAUUCAAGUGCCUCCUUAACAACGUUGGAGAAGUCACCGGGACACUCGAAGCUUGAGCCUAGGGAUAUCAGAUCCGAGAAUCCUCCGUCAUGAAACACAACCGGACAUAGACCGGCCUGCAAGACAUGAAAGCUUAAGAGAGAGGAGAAGUGUGAGGUCACGUUACCAUGGUAGCACUAUUUCUGGAUGACAACAAAAUCAACAACGACGGCGACGGCAAGGAGAACGGCAAAAACUAAUAUGCUCAUAAUUAGUCCGGAAUAUCCCUAAAUUUAGGGACAGGGCAAACUGGUCACGCAACACCGUUCAACCAAUGAGAAGGCUCGCUUUUGUUUAUCAAAACAUCGACCAAGUGGUCAAAAAUUUUUCAUAAUGGCGGACAGAGGCGGACAGAGCAUUGUUAUUUCGUUUUCAUUUUAACAGACGCUUACAGUACUCGUCUAGGUUUCACAUUAUUUCAAAGAAAACAUUUGAUACAAGAGAAUAAGAGUAUUUUUCAUUGCAAGGAAUCUUUGCGGUGUUCGAACCGAUCGCAGCGGUCGUGGCUUCACUGGCAUGGCUAGCAAGAUUUUUGACAGAAGCAAACUGGUCCCGUGUAAAAAUAGUCGUAGAGAGUGUAUGAAAAUUUCUUGAAAUCAUACAAGACAGGAAUGGUACCACCUAUUAACUUCUACAGGACAAGAGUCAAAGACCAAGUCAUCAUAACAAGAGUAGUAGUUCAAAUUUAAUAAUUUUUCUUGUUUCGUGUUGACAGCACACAUGGACUUCAUGCAUCUGGUGCUUUCUUUGCUUGCUGUCUUACCUGCAAGGUUAAAAUCCAACCCAGAUUAUCAGUGUUCAAUGAGUAACUUGCCUUCUUUCUUUGAUUUUUUUUAACAGUGGAUGAACGUUUGGAGAAUCUAACAGAAAAUAAAUCUUUCCAGAGUUGGCUAAGUUCAGAAACAAGGUGGUUGGUAUCUACCUUGCGCUUAUGAUCUUUAAUUACAUCUCGGAUCAACAAAGUGAGGCGAGAUGUCGGACGUGAAUAUCCAUAAGACUAUAAAUAAGCUUUCCUUGAAAAGAAAAAUGGCAAAGGCUAGUAUUAAUGCGAAAAGAAGUAAUAACAUGGCUCUGCCAUGUCUGCGUGAAACCCGGGAGUGGAACACGUGUUUUGGAUCUCGGAAUUAAAAAAUUGUCUACCAAAAUUUUAGGUUGUCUACCAUCCCCACGUUCAACAUCAUAAAAGUUAAUCGAUAUGACAGUCGAGGAAAAAUAUCUAGAACUUCGUAAAAAAUCUAUGAAUCCAAAAAAAUAAUAGAUACUUGUUCACCUACCUUAAAAACUGACCAAAAUCUCGCCUGCAUCGCGUUGUUUAAAAGGAGAAAUAAGCCACAAAAUGUGCUGAAUAUUUCACGAGGCACUUCCAAUAUGGCUCCCGAUAUGCAGCAAUCUUUAAUAAAUCAUGAAAAGUCUUCGAAAUAUGCCUGAGAGCCUCGAAACAGUGAACUCUGGUCUUAUCCGCCAUUUUCCUCAAGAACAAUAGCUUCAUGACGUCACAAUUGUCCCUAAAUUUAGGGAUAUUCCGGAGUGAUAAUUACAAACAACAACUUUGCAUGUACAUCACGCUAUUUUGUACAUUUUUUUGCCGUCGUUGCACCACUACGACUUGGAACUUCCCAAUUUCACGAGCCCGCUUUACGGAGUAGGUAAACACAACACAAAAAUAGUUGCUUUCUUUUUCUAAACUUAGAUAACGAUAGAUACAGUCCGAAAGAAAAUUUCGCCAAGAUUUGCCAAAUUAAAUGAAAUUGAAUAAGAUCGGUGAAGUUUGAAAUAUUGCGAAUAGACUUUUAAGUGACUUUUUCUGUUUGUUGUCAUCCAAAAAUUUUGCUUCCAUGGCAACUGACGUAACGACUUCUCCUCUCUAUUUACUAUCAAACUUCAAGUAAAGGCAAACCUGUUGGUCACAUGAUCACCUGUGUAACUUCGCUGCAAACGUUCCAAAGACUCUGAGGAAAUAUUAGUGUGACUUAAAUCACCUUGAGUUAGGAAAUUUGGUGUAAUAUAUCUUUUCCAGUGCAAGGAAACAACAUUUAUAAUUGUUUGUCAUGUUCGUUACGGUAUGGCUUGCUGUUCUGGGACACCUUUCUGUGCUGAUCCCCUUUCACUCAUUUAGUGAUCAACUUUAACGUAUUUUCUUGCAUUCCAUUUAGACGCUUGGCAGAAAUUAAACACAGAUCCUGUUUGUUAUGGAGCUCGAAAUGACCGAUUUGGCCCAUUUAGGAUCCCAAAGACUGGACUUGUCAGGACAAUGAAGCUAGUGCACAAAUCAGGUUCGCUACGUUGUAAUCCAAUAGACCCUGACUCCUACUGGGGAUGCACUUUCUUUCGUUACAACAACAGUCUCCUGACAAUCAUCACGAAUGAAAAAGGAGAAGCUAUUUUGCCAAGCACUGCAGACAUGGAAGAAGCAUUUCCAACAGGCUAUUCAUGUACUGAAAAGCAUUUCUAUCAUCUUGAUGGUAUUGAUCACAAAACACCAGAGUUGGUUUUUCGCAACCUUUCAAACCCGUUGUCUCUCUCACGUGGCCAAGAGUUGCGCAUUUGGUAUGGACAGGACUGGAAAAAUUGUUCAGAGGAUGGCAAUAAUGGGACAAUUUGUGUCGAUGUGUUUGCAUUGUAUAUUUAGACGGUAACAACACUGGAAAAACUUUUUUGCAUGCCCGCAAGGAUUUACAGUACUGAAAUAAAAUAAGAAGUAAAAUAAUUCUUAACUAUUGAUCUUAAUAACAGUUACAACGAAUCAUUGGUAAUUGAUCAAAAAUAAUAUAGAACGUAACAAAAAAUACCUUGAUUUAGUUAACUCUUCAUUGACACACAAGCAGUGUUAGUUGUAAAUGUUUGGCACUACGUGUAAAUCAAUAGAUUACGAGGUUUACAUAAUAAUAAUCAUAUGAGCUAUCUGAUCGUAGGAUAUCAGACUGUGUUUUAGUUAACAUUUCAAAAACGAGUGCGAGGGUUUCAUCAGAAAACAUUUGAAACCACGACGCCGCAGGCCCAAUGGUUUUUAAUCAUUGUUUUCCAGCGUUAGGAAACCUGAUGAAACCCGAAGCACGAGUUUUUGAAAUUUCUUCUCCCACAAAUUUUUUUUUAGUAGGAAUUGUCAUUUUGAGGACUUUUCGCAAUUUAAUAAUUUAUUUGGGGUGUGGAAUGUGAUUUGGUCACCUGCUUGUUACUUGCUGCUCUGUUGUAGUAAUUUUUGUAUAAUUAUGCCAAAUGUUGCUACCUCGCUGUUUGUUAGCUCCGAACAAACUUGUUGCUUUAGCAAGGCAGAUAACAGAGUGCGGAUUUAGAUCUUCUGAAACUUGUGAAGAAGAGGAGACAUAUGUGGUCUAUUUUAAAAUGAUAGAAAGUAAUUACGAUAAGGCGGAGAAAAAUUGAUUCUAACGUCAGUGGGGAGGGUGCGUUCCUUUGAGAUGAUCCGGAUCAGGAUC